AUGAGCAGCAGCAACAAGCUCGUGCCUGAACAAGUGCUCCUGCUCGAGCAGGCGACGCUCAAGGCGCCGCUCGACAACCUCCGACGGCUGCAAAAGCAGACGCAGAAGACCUACGAACACAACUUGAACCCGUCGUCGACGUUCCAGAAAGACCUCGAUGCGCUCCUCCGCUCCGCCGCCUCGUCGUCCGCUUCGCUCGACCCCUCGACACAAGCCGAGGUGCUCAAAUCGGUCGACUCGAUGCUCGCUCGGAUGCGGACUUUGAAGCGCAAGCUGAGAGACUUGAAGGGCCAGAACGACAAGGCUGUUCGGGUUGUCCAGACUCGGCUGGACCACCUCGCUGCCUUGCCAGAAUCAAUGGACAGUCCCGCCUACAGUCCAUGGGCGCGCAAACGCCUCGCACACCAACUGGUCGACUACUUUCUUCGCUCUACGCCGCCGCUGAAGGAGAGUGCGAGGGAGUUGGCGCGCGAGGAGGGCAUCGAGGAGUUGGUCGAUACGGAGGUUUGGGACGAGUUGGGACGGGUUGAGAAAGGGUUGGAGGAGAAGAGGCUCGAUGAGGUGCUUGCGUGGGUCGGGGAGAACCGCACGGCACUCAAGAAGCUCAAGUCCCCACUCGAAUUUACGAUCCACCUCCAAGCGUACAUCGAGCUGUGCCGCGCACGAGACGCGGUCUCGGCGAUCGCCUACGCGCGGAAACACCUCUCUCCCGCAACUGCCGCCGAACUCGAGACUUCGGGCCCGUCGGGCGACGAGGGCGCAGAUGGCAGCGGAAAGGGCUCGUUGAUGAGCGAGUUGAGUAGGGCGAUGGCGUUGCUUGCGUAUCCGCCCGACACGACGUGCCGAGUCUACCAGGACCUCUACUCACCUCUUCGCUGGGCCCACCUCCGCUCCCUCUUCCGCACGACCUUCCUCACGCUCCACUCACUCCCCUCGAUCCCCCUCCUCCACAUGUCGCUCCAAGCAGGCAUCGCGUCGCUCAAGACUCCCAUCUGUUGUCCCGUACCGAGUGGGACGAAAACUGCUCCGCCGAGUGCGUGGCCGUUGGGUGGAGUCAAGGGGCUGAGGACGAGCAUCACGCCGGACGGGGAGAUUGUCUUUUCCACCUCAGGCGGGUCGGGUGCCGAUUCGCCGUCCCUCACCGGGACGAACGGGGCGACCCAACCCCCGGUCCACACCCUCGAAGGUUCACCCUCCCCAAACUGCCCGCUCUGUUCCUCCCCGCUCUCAGCACUAGGCCCGGACGUCCCCUACUCUCACCACGUCAACUCGACGAUCGUGUGUGGGAUCACGGGGAAAGUGGUUGAGGGCGAUGGAGGAGAGGGAGGACAGUUGGUGGCGCUCGUUAGUAGGGUUACGGGUGAGGGGAGGGUGUAUUCGAAGGAGGGACUCGCACUACGCGCGUCGCAGCAUCCCGAGGGCAAACUGAUCGACCCCGCGACGGGCGAGGUGUUCGAGUGGGACGAGUUGAAGAAGGUGUUCAUCUCGUGA